AUGGCUCCUAGACUCCCUCCUCCUCCUCAACCUAAUGAAUCUGAUACGUCCAACAACAACCGGUUGCUGGAAUCUGUGAUUGAAAGACUGCAGCAGCAGAAUACCACGUUAAUGGAGCAGAACGCCACUUUGAUGCAGCAAAAUCAGAACGCUAUGCAGAGUAUGGAGAUCGCACGCGCCAACUCUGAAGCAACUCAGAGGCAGUUAAUGGAUAUUCUUGCUGCUACCAGAGGCACGCUAGGAGCGUCCUCUUCUAACGCUGCCCAACCUGCUGCUGAAUGGAGUUUGGAGAGUUUUCUCCAACACCACCCGGCUAAAUUCAGUGGUAAAGGCCUCCCUGACGAGGCAGACCAGUGGUUAAGGGACAUGGAAAGGAUCUUCAACGCCAAGAGGUGUCCAGAUGAGAACCGUUUGGCGUUCACGGAGUAUUUGUUGACGGGGGAAGCAAGCCACUGGUGGGCAAGCACAAGAGCUAUUCUGGCAGACGCUCAACGUCCUAUCACUUGGGAAGUAUUCCGUGGCAAGUUUUAUGAAGAGUACUUCCCUGACAGCGUCCGGUUUGCCAAGGAAGUGGAAUUUUUACAGCUGGUUCAAGGUGGGAUGUCAGUUUCUGAGUAUACCAACAAGUUCAAGCACCUUGUUCGGUUCAAUGCGAUGGCCACCAGUGAAGAGUGGCAGUGCAGGAAGUUUGAGAACGGACUGUGGAGUGAUUUGAAGGUAUUAAUCUCCAGUUUGUGCAUCCGGUCGUUUCCUGCUAUGGUUGAGCGGGCAAAGGUCUUGGAGAAAAAUAUGGCAGAGGCGGAACGGCAGAAGAAGCAACAACAAGUGAGUAGGGGACCGAUCGUGUCCAGGGGAGGUAUGGUUCAGAGGAGACUACCUUACGCUCGUCCAAAUCAACCCUCUACUGCAAGCGGGUCACAAGCAAUGGUUCCUGUCGGACAGUCUGGACAAGGAAAUGUUGUUUGUUUCCGGUGUGGAGGGCCACAUUAUCGUUCUUCAUGCCCUCAGCUUGUAGGAGGAAAGCACUGCAACCGUUGUGGAAGGAAUGGACACUCGGAUAACGAGUGCAACAUGAGUGGACGUGCAGUGAUGAGACCACCUAAUGCUGGAAGGAACCAACCGAGAGGAGGUAGAGCACAAGCAGUGGGGCGCGUAUAUGCUAUAACUGGAGCGGAAGCAGCAAACUCAGGUAACCUUAUAACCGGUGAAUGCUUGAUGUAUGGAGUGUCUUGUCGUGUGCUGUUUGAUUCGGGGGCGACUCACUCCUUCAUCUCGAAGGCGUGUGUUGAAAAAUUGGGAGUAGUUGAGAGAGAUAUGCAGUUCGACCUGGUGGUGUCAACCCCAGCGGCGGGAGAGAUUAGGACGUCUACCGUAUGCAUUAGAUGUCCUAUUGAGGUUGAGGGGCGUAGUUACAAGGUGAAUUUAAUCUGUUUGCCUUUGAAGGAUUUAGAAGUGAUUUUAGGAAUGGAUUGGUUGGUUGCUAAUCGCAUUCUUAUAGAUUGUGGGGCGAAGGAAUUAAUCUUUCCUAGUGAAGAAGAAGAGAAAUUGUCAGUGACGCUCGGUCAGUUGAAAGAAGAUAUUAUGGAGGGCGCCAGCUGUUUUCUCAUCAUGACACACGAAGACAGGGAGGUUCGGAAUGCGAAUAAUGAACGAUCGUCUAAGAAAAAGAUUGAAGGACGAUCGGUUGUGGACGAAUUUCCAGACGUCUUUCCGGAAGAGAUACCUGGACUUCCCCCUCACCGUGAA